AUAUACUUGUAAGUCAUGGGAAGGGCCGAAGGUUGCAUCGUGGACAAGUCAUCCUGCACCCCAUAUACAGUAUAAAAAACAAACAAUGGCGGCAAGAACCUUAGAGCAGUGAUUGAAUAGAAUUCUCCAAACCACUGAGAGAUGGAGAAACUCUCAGACACCUCAAAACCAGACAACAACAACAACAACAACCCAGAAUGGUACUGUCCACAAACAGGAAUUUAUACUAGUAAACAUCCCACAGUUUCUCUCCCUACUGACCCAUUUCUUGAUGUCGUCUCCUUCAUUUUCUCGCACAAACACAAUGGUGUUACAGCUUUUAUUGAUUCUUUUUCUGGUUUUUCAAUUCCUUACUCAGACCUUUUUCCUCUGGUUAAUUCCAUGGCUUCUGGUCUUCAAAACAUGGGUCUUAAACAAGGUGACGUUGUUUUGCUUUUGUUGCCAAAUUCCAUUUACUUUCCCAUUCUUUUCUUGGGUGUUCUUUAUUUAGGUGCUGUUGUUACUACUAUGAAUCCUCUCAGUACUUCAUUAGAAAUUGAAAAGCAAAUUAGUAAUUGCAAUGCAUGUAUAGCUUUCUCUGUUUUGGAAAAGGCUGCAAAGUUACAGUCUUUGGGGAUUCCUGUUGUUAGUGUACCAGAAAAUGUGACUUCUCUUAAGGCGAAUAAGGCGUUUGAUGCUUUUUAUAUGCUACUUUAUGGUAAUGUUGAUCUGUGCUUGAGGCCAAUUAUCAGACAGGAAGAUACAGCAGCAAUUUUGUAUUCAUCAGGUACCACUGGUUCUAGCAAAGGGGUUGUUUUAACACACAGGAAUUUUAUUUCAAUGGUUGAGCUUUUUGUAAGAUUUGAGGCUUCACAGUAUGAUUACUCAAGCUCAAAGAAUGUGUUUUUAGCUGUCUUGCCCAUGUUUCAUGUAUAUGGUUUAUCGCUUUUUGUGAUGGGUUUGCUGUCACUGGGAUCUAGCAUUGUUGUGAUGAGGAAAUUCGAUGCAAAUGAGAUGGUCAAGGCAAUUGAUAUGCAUGAAGUUACUCAUUUCCCUGUUGUUCCACCGAUGCUCCAAGUAUUAACAAAGAAAGCAAAAAGUGUUUAUGGAAAAAGUUUGAAAAGUUUGAAGCAGGUUUCAUGUGGGGCAGCUCCUUUGUUUGGGAAAACUAUACAGGAUUUUGUAGAGACUCUCCCUUAUGUUGAUUUCAUUCAGGGCUAUGGCAUGACAGAGUCAACUGCUGUAGGAACCCGUGGCUUCAACACUAAAAACUUCCAGAAGUACUCUUCCAUAGGACUUUUGGCUCCAAAUAUAGAAGCUAAAGUGAUGGAUUGGGUCACUGGUUGUUUCUUGCCUCCCGGCAAUAGUGGCGAGCUUUUGAUUCGAGGACCUGCUGUUAUGAAAGAAUACUUGAAUAAUGGCGAGGCAACUGCAUCAACAAUUGACAAAGAUGGUUGGCUACACACUGGGGACAUUGUAUAUAUUGAUCAUGAUGGGUACUUGCAUAUAGUUGAUCGUUUGAAAGAAAUAAUCAAGUAUAAGGGCUUUCAGAUUGCCCCUGCUGAUUUAGAGGCUGUGUUGAUUUGUCAUCCUGAUAUACUUGAUGCUGCAGUAACGGCUGCCAUCGACAAAGAGUGCGGGGAAAUACCUGUGGCAUUUGUGGUCAAGAGGCUCGAAAGUAUGCUGACACAGGAAGAUAUCAUCAACUACGUAGCCGUGCAGGUUGCACCGCAUAAGAAGGUGAGAAAGGUGAUCUUUGUGCAAUCAAUACCAAAGUCUGCAGCUGGGAAGAUCCUCCGAAGGGAACUCAGACACUAUACGACUUCUAGACUGUAAUAUUUUUGAUAUAGGCCACAGCACUAGUUCAAAUGUGGUUGAAGUGAACUUGCGAUUGUUGCACUUACAGUAAUGUGUUUAUACUGUAAUAUUCAUUACA